UUUGAAAAAAGUGAAAAAUAUAUUAUUUCUUCUUUUGGUGAGCUGUGAAACAAGGUGAAAACAUGGGUAAUAAAAAUAUUCCGAAACAAAGUAACAAACGAUCAUUGAAGUUGCUAAAUAAAAGAAGAUCUCGUCUUGCAUAUCAGGCAAAAAAAGCAAAACAAGCCAAACCAAAUGAUAUUGAAAAGAUCCAAGGUAGGAUAGUUGAAAUUGAUGCAACCGAAGGACAAAAUUUAGAAGAGUCAUUACAUCAGAUUAAUGAUAACACGGAUUCAAAUGUCCAGGACAAACACAACACUGGAGAAAAUACAUUUGCUGGCCUUGAAUGUGAAUUUGAGAAAACAUCAAAAAACACAGAAUGUGGUGCCCAAGGCACAAAUAAGUUUGGAAGAAGAAUAAUAAAUAUGUAUCAAUUUUUUAAACAACUUCAAGAAAUAUCAUCUCAUGGUCCUCUUGACUGCGGUUUAAAGUCAAUGGAAAUAGUUUCAGAAACACGCAUGGGUUUCACUUCUAAAUUCAACAUAAAAUGCAAAAUGUGUGAUUUAUCUUUUUUAAUAUACAACGAUAACCCAGUUGAUGAUAUGGAUCUUAAUACCGCUGCAGUGGCGGGUACAGUGGCUACUGGGUGUGGAUACAGCCAGCUAACCGAAAUAACUGCUUCUUUGGGAAUACCUCCUAUGAAUAAUCAGUUGUUUUCUGCAAAACUGGAAGUUGUUCAUAAAAAAUGGGAAGUUGAAUUACUAAAAUCAAUGACAGAAGCUGGUGAAGAAGAGCGUCGUUUAGCCAUUGAGGAGGGUAGGCUUAAUUGUAAUGGAAUCCCAGUAAUAGAUGUCAUAGCGGACGGGUGCUACGCGAAACGAUCUUAUAGAAAAAAUUAUUCGUCUCUUUCGGGUGCAGCAGCUAUAUUAGGAAAAAGAACGAAUAAAAUUCUUUAUAUGGCAAUCACGCAUUCGGACGCCACGACAAAUGUAAAGAAUAUUUUUGUACCAAAGGUGAAGAAGAGGCAAUAG